CGACGCAGGGCUCGAACUCACGGACUGCGAGAUCAUGACCUGGGCCGAAGUCGGCUGCCCAACCGACUGAGCCACCCAGGCGCCCCCGUAGCCUUUAUAUUAAGGUGUGUUGUUGAUGAGCCAGCAGAAAACCAAAUUCUGGUCUUCUCUGCUUAUAUUAUAUGGCAUUUUCACCAUCAGCCACAUCUCUGGGAAGGAGCGGUCUCUGAAAGAAUGUGGCAUUGGCUAUGUAGACUUAGAUGCUAUAGAAAAAGCUUGCUUAUGCUCAAUUGGUUUUUUCUUUUUUUUUUUGGUUUUCUACUAAUUGAAACGUCUAGUUAUUUACUUGUGACUAGAUUUUUAAAUUUUUUAAUAGGUCUUUUAACAUGCAAAAUGCUAAAUCAAAGAAAAAAUAGAGAAUGAAGAUAAUGAGAAAGUGUUUAGUAUAUUUAGUGGUAGACAAUAAAUAUUCAGUUUGAUUUCACUGGAGAGGAUGGAAACAAUCAGUAGUGGCAGAUUUAAACCAUCUGUAGAUGGUCAAACCAGAUCCUUAAAGGCGUCACAGCCAACAUUCUAGUGGGCACACUGUUAAAGACAGUAUGCACUCUUUCCCCCAUGUUUAAUUUUAGUGGUACCAUUGGUAUUCACUGUCAGGUUAUGGGAAGGCUAGAGUAGCUAGGAAGCCUAUUUGCCAGGGCCAGGCUGGUGGCCAAACUUACGACUUUUGUACCUUGCCUUUUGGGUACUCAUGGCUAGUGUCUUCCUUUAUUAGGGGCCUCUUGCAAAGAGGUUGAGCCUUUUAGAACUUGAAAGGGCCUUAGAAUGAAUGAAAGUCUUUAUUUUUUUAUUUUACUAUUAAACCAAGAUUCAGAUAAUUGAGAUUUUCUCCAAGACCUAGAUACUAGACACUAGAAUAUGAAGUCUAGUAAUGUAGUUUCCUUCAUUAGGGUCAUCCAGUUGAGUCAUCUUUUUAAAACAUGUCCCUUUCCCCAAGGGUUGUUAUCUUUCUGCUUAAGGGUUCUUGUAGUCAUUUUAUCUUAGCAGUUGGUUGUUUUUGACUUUGCCUGACCCAUGAUUGGGAGGCCUGGUUAAGGUGUGAGUGGGAAUUUAUAUCUCGCUUCAUAGUAAAAAUUAUGUAACGUUCAAGAGAAAAGCUUUUGAGGGGCACCUGGGUUGCUCAGUCGGUUAAGCAUCCUACUCUUGAUUUUGGCUCAGGUCAUGAUCUCAUGGUCGUGAGAUCCAGCAUCGUGUCAGACUCUGCCUGGGCAUGGAGGCUGCUUGAGAUUCUCUCCCUCAGUCCCUCCUCUGUACUCUCUCUCUCUCUCUCUCUCUCUCUCUCUCUGUCUCUCUCUCUCACUCAAAAUAAAAUAGAAAAGCUCCUAAAAUUAAGGCAUAUGGAGGAACAGAAACAGUCCCUGAGGCACACUACAAAGCAACAGAGGAGGAGGAGAGUUCACAGCGUUGAUCUCUGCUUGGAACCAUGUAUUUACUUUCCUUUCCCUCCCUUUCUUUAGCUCCUGGACUUCCAUAAACUCAGUCUUAUGAAGAGGAAUGGUGUGGCUUAAGAGGUUUGAGUUGGGAUUCUGGACACCUAGCUUUUAGGUCCAGUUUUGCUCCAAGCCUCCAUUUUCCUCUCUUUGGAUCUUAUUUUCCCCAUCUUUAAAAUGAAAGGCUGGAUUAUUGAUCCUCAACGAUCUUUUUAGCUCUGAUAUUCUUUGAUUUCAUGAAUCCUGAAAGGUUCUGAUGCUCUGAUGAAGGGCCACAGCUUCAGUUUGCUCUGACACAGUAUAGAUGCUGCAUUGGAACUUUACCACAGUGUACCUUGCGUAGUCUCAGGCUAAUUUUUCUUUUUCAGGAGGAAUAUUUCUGAGAGUCUGGAUUCUAUAGAUAAGUGAGUUUUGUUUUUGUUUUUAUUUUUAAAGAGAAUGUGAAAGGUUAAAAAUAAGAGUGAAAGAAGACUUUAAAGUUGGAUCUGUGGAGAAUAUAUAAAUGUGUAUCUCAAGUAACUGUUGUAGAAUAACAGAUGCUUUGUUCAGUCUGUGUAGGGUGGCAUAGUAUUGUGGCAUUCUCUUGAUGCUGUUGCAGAGAACAAGGGGCUAUAAGGAAGUUCAAAGUCCACAUAGUUUCCACCUUUGGAAAAGGUGUGCCCGCUUACCUCAGGACCCAACAGGUGGGAGAGCUACUGAGGACACUGUUUCUAGCUUCCUUAGAACUCCCACUCCUGGUGGAAUGAUUUGAGCCCCUCAGCUCUGUGGGACCAGAAAAUCUGCACUUGAAGCUUGGCUUGUUUGGCUUAAAUGAUGGGAGUUUGUUCCCCCUGAAAAUGUCACUGCAACCCCAGGACAGCUUAAUGAUUCUUGUAGGUUACUCAGAACUCAUUGGGUAUGAUUCUGUCCCAGAGCAGGCUUGAUGGCUGUGUUGUAAGGAGAUAAGGCCAGAUACAGUCUGGCUCUUUACUGGAAACCAUUCACCUUCGUGCUUUAUUCUUCUCAGUGGGUGGGGUUCCCUCCAUUCCUGCUUGAAUGAAAAGCCUUUAGCUGACUUCUUGAUCAUGCCCUGUCUUGUCCUUCAUUUUUUCGUUGCUUUUCAUUAUUAUUUGCUACAGCUCAACCCAUCUUCUAGUUGUGGCUUUACACAAGGCAGGAGCCUCUAACCUUUGUAAAUGUUUGUAACUGGAAAGAAACUAAAAGUUUGAGUUAGGAGAAAGGAGUUUAGUCUCUUAUGCUGUGUUCACGGGAUUAGGGUGAGGAGUUGGGAAGGUCGGAGAGGUGAGGAGACUUGAUCCAAGAAAACACUCUAGAUGAAGAUGAAGGAGUUGAGGAAAUGGAAGUUUGGGUUGCUGACAGGGCAGAAAAAACUUGAGGAAUGCUCCCUAUUUGAUAAAUAGGUUAUUUUUAGUUGCAGAAAAAAGAGUAGUCUCACCAGCAUAGUGGAAUCUUGCAGUCAUGUUUGUAACUUAAACUAAUCAGUUUAGGCUAUGCCAGAAAAGUGUCAGGUGACAUGCUAAUUUCCUCCAACUUUUAGUUCUGUCUGGCUUAACUCCAGCAGUCCUAUGGCCUGCAGGGCCUCAGGGCAUGUGAGUGGAGGGUAAUUGGGGGGAGGGGGCCAGCUGCUGCUGUUUGAGAUGCUCCUCAAGGCGAAAGAACCUGUGUGCUAGGCCCCUGUUCUGAUGCAUGCACUGGGGCUCUAGGUCUCUGGUGCUUAAAUCCAGAGUGUUCCCUUGUGGGACCCCAGCAUGACCUUGGGUGGAACCGCCUUAGAAUCUGAUUUGCUAUUUUUCCAAUUAACUCUGUGUUCUGUGCCCAUCUUUCUUUGUCCUUGGUCCUUGAGUUUUAAUGAAUUUUAAGCUCCUAGUUAACAUUAUUCAGCACACUUUGAUUUAGUUUCCACUAAAAUGUGUGCCUGGCAUUACUGUGGUGCCAAGUGCCCUUUGAUCUUUGUUUCUUAGAGACUCUAGAUUCUAUAUGUGUUGUUCUGUUGAAGAAUGUCAACUUGUUAAAGUAUUUUAAUUUUUAAUUUUGGGAAAGACUUUAUAUCAAUUACUAGGACAGAAAAACAUGUUUAGUGGUGUGAUUUGGGGUACUAUGUACUUUUUUAUAGGAGCUGGACCUUCCUAACUGGAAGAUAUGACCUUUGCCUUUGUAAGAAUUUACAGUGGUGUGGAGAAAAUGAUAGUACAAAUUAUUGAAGAAAAUAUUGAAGCAAGUACAGACUGAAUCAUCUGUGCAUAACGAAUAUCCUGAGUGCUGCAGAGUUCUCUGGUCAGUCAAGAGGCAACUGCCAUUGAAAGAUAGUGAGUGCCUGUUUCUAAGACAGCAAAGUAUCAGGAGAGCCCCCAGAAGCAUUAACGGAAAGCUUAAAUUACCUAAAUGUAUUCAGUGCCGACGUCAGGAAAAUAAAGAUGACACAGUCCCUGCUCUCCGAACUUAGAGCCCAGUAGAGGAAUACAGCUAUAUGACCAAACUGAUAAUGGUCUCCAGCUGCCAAAGAAGGUUGUGGAUGCCAAGAGAAAGGUAACCAUUUCUCAGCCCCCUGAGUGGAACUGGAUGCCUCUAGGAGCCCACACCGGCUAGCAGCAGACAUGGCUGAAUUUACAAGCUACAAGGAUACUGCCUCCAGCCGCCACUUGCGGUUUAAGUUACAAAGUCUAAGUCGCCGCCUCGAUGAGUUGGAGGAAGCCACAAAAAACCUCCAGAAAGCAGAGGAUGAGCUCCUGGAUCUCCAGGACAAGGUGAUUCAGGCGGAAGGCAGCAAUUCUAGCAUGUUGGCGGAGAUUGAAGUGUUGCGCCAGCGAGUGCUGAGAAUUGAAGGCAAAGAUGAAGAAAUUAAGAGAGCAGAGGAUCUGUGUCAGCUGAUGAAGGAGAAGCUUGAAGAGGAAGAAAACCUCACCCGGGAGCUGAAAUCUGAGAUUGAACGGCUUCAGAAACGAAUGGCUGAACUGGAGAAGCUGGAGGAAGCCUUUGGCAGGAGUAAGAACGAUUGUACCCAACUCUGUCUGAGCCUGAAUGAGGAGAGAAACCUGACAAAGAAGAUCUCCGCUGAGCUGGAAAUGCUCAGGGUCAAAGUGAAAGAACUAGAAUCUUCCGAGGACCGCCUGGAUAAAACUGAGCAGAGUUUAGUGUCAGAGUUAGAAAAACUGAAGUCAUUAACUCUGAACUUUGUAAGUGAGAGAAAAUACUUGAAUGAAAAGGAGAAAGAGAAUGAGAAACUGAUAAAAGAGCUCACUCAGAAACUGGAGCAGAACAAAAAAAUGAACCGAGAUUAUUCAAGGAAUGCUUCUAAUCUUCUGGAAAGGAAUGACCUGCGGAUUGAGGACGGGAUCUCCUCCACACUGACGUGCAAAGAAUCAAGAAGGAAGGGCGCUCUGGACUAUCUAAAGCAGGUAGAGAACGAAACAAGAAACAAAUCAGAAAACGAAAAGAACCGAAAUCAAGAAGACAACAAAGUUAAAGAUCUCAACCAAGAGAUUGAGAAACUCAAGACACAAAUCAAACAUUUUGAAUCUUUGGAAGAAGAGCUUAAGAAAAUGAGGGCCAAAAAUAAUGAUCUUCAGGAUAAUUACCUAAGUGAACAAAAUAAAAACAAACUCUUAGCCAGCCAGCUGGAGGAGAUAAAGCUACAAAUCAAGAAACAGAAAGAGUUAGAGAACGGGGAGGUAGAAGGGGAAGAGGCUUUCCUGUCCGGCAAAGGCAGGCAUGAGAGAACUAAGUUAAGAGGCCAUGGCUAUGAGGUACCUGUGUCCAAGCACACACCGCGGGAACUGUCCCCUCAGCAGAAGCGGGAGAGGCAUCGAAACAGAGAUAUUGCGCUCAACAAUGAAAACUGUUCUCUGGGCAAUAGGCAGGUUUCCUCUCCCAGUUUCACCAACAGGAGGGCAGCCAAAGCUUCCAACAUCGGGGCGGGUACAGACAGUGGGACUCAGGAGACAAGGAGAACUGAAGACCGAUUUGUAUCUGGCUCCUCUCAGAGUGAAGGGAAGAAGUCCAGGGAGCAGCCUUCAGUGCUUAGCCGCUACCCACCUGCUGCUCAGGAGCACAGUAAAGCUUGGAAGAGUACUCCCAAACCAGGUACUGAGGGUGGGUUGAAGGGAAAAGUGGAGAAGACAACACGAACAUUUAGUGAUAAUACCAACCAUGGAUCCGUUCCCAGUGACGUACUGGGUAGAGCUGACAAGGCUUCUGACACCUCUUCUGAGGCCCUCUUUGGCAAAAGGGGGCAGGUGCCUGGCAAUGGAAGUCAGGUAACCCAGGCUGCAGACUGUGGCAGUCCUAAGGCAAUUGGAGCUCUGGCCUCAUCCCGAAGAUCUUCCUCAGAAGGGCUCUCCAAGGGCAAAAAGGCUGUCAGUGGCCCGGAGGCUGAUACCACUUCCCCAAAUUCCAAGCCUCCACUUUUAUCAAAGUAUCCUUAUAAUUCCAGAAGCCAAGAGAACAUCCUUCAGGGCUUUUCAACCCCAAAUAAAGAAGGUGUUGAUCAACCCGUAGCAGUCGUGAUGGAAGACAGCAGUCAACAUGAGACCCUGAGGUGCCGGGUCAUCAAGCCCAGUGGCAGAGAGAAGCCAGACUCAGAUGACGACGUGGAUGUGACGUCUCUUGUUACUGCCAAACUGGUAAACACCACCAUCACUCCAGAGCCAGAGCUCAAACACCAACCCAACUCUAGAGAGAGAGCCAAAUCCCGAGGGGGACUCAGAACCUCCCUGUUUGAGAAUGAUAAAGAUGCUGGGACAGAAAGUGAGUCUGUGAAACCUGUCAGAGCCUCCACCAAUGCCACGGAAUUCCCAGACGCCAAUGGUGCUGGGGUAAAAAGCCAGCGGCCCUUUAGCCCCAGAGAGGCAUUGCGGUCUAGAGCCAUCAUCAAACCUGUCAUCAUUGAUAAGGAUGUGAAAAAAAUCAUGGGAGGAUCUGGAACUGAGGCCACAAUGGAGAAGCAGAAAUCCACCUCCAAACCAGGGCCAAACAAGGUGACAAGCAGCAUAACUAUCUACCCCUCUGACAGCGGCAGCCCCAGAGCUGCCCCAGGUGAGGCCCCGAGGGAAAGGCACACAUCCACCAGCAACAUCCAGGUUGGGCCAGCAGAGCUCACAUCAGUCAGCAACCACGUCAGCUCUCCCUUUGAGCUCUCCAUUCACAAACAUGACAUUGCUCUGCAGUUCACAGAAGCUGAAAGAAUGGGAGAUGGGCCCCUGAAGAACAAGCCAGAAACAGUGGUCUCUCGGAGCAGCAUUAUAAUCAAGCCAUCAGAUCCUGUGGAGAGGAACAGCCAUGCCCCCCCAGCGGAGACAAUCAGGUGGAAAAGCCAUAGUGCCCCUUCAGAAGUGGGCUCUUCAGAUGCCAGACACGUUACUGUGCGGAACGCCUGGAAGAGUAGGCGAGACUUGAACUCCUUAGAAGACCCCCCAACUCGAAUAGGUAGAAACGUGGAAGCCACCAACGCCUACACCCAGAGGGCCUCCACAGACUGUUCAGACCUUGGACAGCCCAAGUUGUACCUUUGUGAGCAGGGUGCUCAAAGGGCAGGAAAUUCAGGGGAUGCCCCUGAGCUCACCUCCAGAAGGACCCAGAGUAGCCUCACCGUGUCUGAGGUGCUGACUCGUCGGAAUCGGGUGGGAGACACUGCCUCGGCUGCAGCCUGGAACCACUCGGCAGGCGCGGAGGAAGGUGACGACUGCACACUCGGUGUCCACAGACGACUGCACAACUCCCUGGAGCGGUCUGAACUGCCUGCGAAGCAGGGGCUGCCAGAGCCCGGGCGAGCCCGGGCUGAGGAACGGUUACGGCCAGCCAGGCCCUGUGCCGAGGACAACUGAACCAGCUGGGUGAGGUCUGCUGUCUCCUCUGCUCCUGCUUCUCCGCUCUCCUGCCUUCCUGCCCUAUGAAGGAUGCAAGGCCAGUUAACCAGGCUAGACGCCAGGCCUUGGCUGGGAGACUGUGGCAAACCAGGCUGUGGCUCGGGUCAUUUUGCCAGUUGGCCAGAGGGGAUCAGAAACUACAAGCUGGACAUAGUCACCCAGGCCCAGCCUUCCCUGAUGCAUGAGUUCUCUCUCCUUGCCCCUGUCCCCAGAUCGGAUGGGCCACUCUGGCCCCCAAAUGGGGAAAGAUCUAGAAACCCCUUGUAUCCUCACCAUACCACAACAGCUGAAAGCUCUCCUCUGCUUCUCAGUGGGUCAGAGGGCAGCCCCUUCAGUGUGGUUCAUUUCUUCGUCUCACCGCAUCCAGUUCACUCCUUGUUUGCCCUGGGGGCCUAAGUACCCCCUAAGACUUAGCAGCCAUCACCUCCAUCUAGGGGGCUUCUACUCCUUUCCCCUUUGGAGUUCCUCAGACUUGUACAGCAGAAGAGGUCUGUGCUGCCUCUAAGGGAUUACGGGACCAACCUUUAGGCUGAAGCUUCUCGGACAUCGCCCCCAGCUGACAAUUGUUUCCUGGGGGCAGAGCACACGGGUACCCACCUAUUGGAAUGGCAUCAUCCCUCCCCUCCCCUGGCUCUGUGCUCACCUUCCAAAGGCACCUGGAAGUGCACAAGCCUCACGCAUCUCCUUUUCUGGGCACCCGUAAUGCUGCUGGCACUGCCUGCUCCUCUCCCGUGGCUGGAGACUUCAGGCUGACUCCGUCGUUUCCAUCUUUGGAAUACUUCCGGACUAAACUGGGCCUGACCCAGCAUACUCGAGGCCUUCUAGGAAGUGCCCAGCAAGGGGGAAAGUGGGCUGGAAGAAACAUUUCCCCAGUCACUUCACAAAGCAAUAGUUCCAUGAAAGGCAUGGACUUUCGUCCUCUUCCUUCAUUCCCCCAUGGAGGAGGAGGAAUCGCACUUUACCGAACUGAUGCAUUCCUACACAAGUGGGCCCAUGGUUUCUGCAAACUGUCGUGAUGACUUCACUGGAGGAAAAGUACUACGUGCCCACUGAGGGCCCCAGGUUUAUAUAAUACAAAAUGCAGCAAACCUUUCAGGAAGCCACAUAAAGUUGAAUAGUUUCCUUACGUCACAUGGGGAAGUUGAAAAGAACCGUAUAUUCUUGGCACUGCUUUUUGUGUAACUUUCUCAGUUCAGAGAAGGGCUCCCUUUUCAAAGGCUACUUUUAAUGGCACAGACACUGUUCCUUCAUAGUGAAAGAGAGCAUUACUAGGAGUCAGGAAAGCUGAAUUUGCUUCAUGGCUUUGUACUUUCUUGCUGUGUGACUUUGGGCAAGUCACUGUCCUCGUGGGGCCUCAGUUUCCUUAUCUAUAAAAAUGAAUUCUUUGUAAUGGUCUAGAGACCAGGGUCCUAAAUCUGGCAUUCUGAGGUUGUUCUGUUUACACUGUCCUGUGGGGGUGAUUCUGCUUUUGGAAGGUAGGAUCCAGAUGGUUUUGGGGAAUGGGUCCUCCCCGGCCUUGUUUUUCUGGGCCUUAUUCUUUCCAUGUUCUAAUGUCAGGAGGAUGAGCUCAGAGAAGCUCCCUCAUUUUUCUAGUUUGUAAGAUGAAGGGAUAAGAUCAGAUGGCUUCUGCAGCCCUUUUGGCACCAGCCUUGCCCACUUGCCACACAGCAUCCCCUGGCUUUUGUGACACAAGUUGGCUGUCUCCCGUUGCUGUGCUUCGUGGGCCAUAGUCCCUGCCUGCACUUGGUGUGGGAACCAGUGUUCAUCUCGCCCGUGUCUGCCUUCAGACUUGGCCAUCCUGGCGGCGGCUUGGGGGCACGCUGAUGAGCUUCCUUUCGGGGUCAGGAAUGUUUUGCGCUUACUUCCAUUUUCUGGAGGUCUGCCAGUCUAAGGGCAUUGCUGUGUAGCUCAUCUUUCCUCUACAUAGUGCUGACUCAGCUGCUCAGUUUUAAGAUGCUGUUUUCAAAAUCUCUUCCUGCUGCUUCUCCUGGGUCCCUGGCCAGAAACUAGGAAACAGACCUCUGUGGUGGUCAACUGAGGUUAUAGGAAACCGAGUCUGUGGCUCUUCUCUGCUGGUGGAAACAAAAGGGUGCCAAGCCAUGCCUACAAAGAUUUCGCCGCUAAUUCUCUUCUUUGGGCAUUGGAGCCCUGGAUUCUGGUGCUGUAGCUCCUGGUGCCAAAGUCUGGAUCUUUCCACACUGCAGCAGCACCAACAUCUGCCACUACCCAAAUACUCUGGAAGAGGGACAGCUAUGGUGCCCUCUUGCUGGGGGCUGCUAUCUUAAAAUCUGAGUGCAAUAGGGUUUGAUUGUAACAAUUAUUUCAGGAUAAAUAUUGUUUCCUUAAUCUGCGUACUUUCUAGAACCAUUGUAAAAUAGAUUUUAUUUUUAAGUGUCCUCAGCAUUGCAGAAGAUACCAUUUAUAAUAGCAGAUGAAGGCUGGAGGCUCAGUUCCUCUGGGUUUCAAAUGGCUGGCAAGGCUGGCUCUCAGAUUCCAAAGUUGGAAGGCACCUUUCUGAAAAGCAACCUCUGUGUGACCUUCUGGACCCAGGCCUCACCACCAGGGGUCCUGGAGGAAAUUUCCAUAUAAAGGGGGAGACCUGGUAAUUAAGUAGCUGGUCCAGUCAAGCCAAAUAUUCCCACUGUCCCAGCCAAUAAACCCACUUACAUGACAAGCCUCUUCUGCAGCGUAGCUCCAACUCUAGAUUUUACUGGCAGGUGUAUUUGUUGUGGGAGGGUUCCCAGUGAGCCCAGAGAACCUGGCACUCCAGAGCUGCUUGGUUGGAGGAAGCAGAGCUGGCUGAAUGCCAGAGGCUGGUCUCUCUUCCACCUGCUGCUGCAUCUCACUACUCUGGUACUAAAAGCAACCAGAGAAAGCUGCAGGGAUGGUGGGCAAAGGGGAUUUGCAGUGGGGCCAAGGACUCCAACCUCUGCCCCAGGCAAGCCUGCACAUAAAUCAUUCUCCUCUCAUGGGGUGUGGGAGGGUCUAUGUUGAUCUUGGACCUGUCAUCCUGGGGCAGUUUUAGUGCUUUAUAUUUAGUGGGUUAGCGCCAGGUGCUACCAUUUUCCAGUAAAGGAACCGGGACCCAGAGGCUGGGUCCCUAGCUGCCUCUGUCAAUGUGGGGUUUGUUGUCACUCUGACGAGAUUGCUUUGGAAGAGCUGCUUUUAGGGAUUAUCUUUUGUCUACCCUGGGUGGGCCACAGGGUGUUCUCAAAGCCUCACAACCAAGACCAUAGGAAAGGGGCCCUAUUUUCCUGCUGCUUCACAGCUCAGAACAUGUACUGAAUGGAAUGUAUUUUUAAGAGAAUAAAGUCUAUUUUUUUGUAUUUUAAAGAUUGGGAGGGCUAGGGAAGUACAGCCCUCAAAAAAAACCUGUUAAUGCAUUAAAGGCCCCUUUGCGAGGGGGCAUCAGUAUCUGUCAGUCCACAUCUACUUGUUCAGGCAGGUGCUCUGGUCUCACCCCUGCCCCUUGGAGUCUAGGUGCAGCAGCUUCUACAUUCCUGCUCCAAGCCUGGGACCAAGGAGGCCGGACCCUGUUUCUGGAAACCAGGGCGAAGCCAUGAGCAGUGACUCAGGGCUCCUUGGGUGCAUGUGUAUAGUGGAAGCUGCCUGUCUGCAUGUAUCCUCUGGCUCUAAUGCUGUCUGUUGGCUCUGCAGCACAAUAUGUAACCAAUAAAGCUCCCUAGUUUCCA